CCUGUGGGACAUAACAGGUGUGGAAGGUGUACUCCAAACCAGCACGCGAACUUAUCUUCCACUUGUUACUGUUAUAUAUUGGUACUCCCCUUGCAUUCAUCCUUACUCUUCCACCUCUCCGUGCCCUGCGACAUGAAAGUUUCCCUGGUGGUCGUGCUUGCUGCGGCCGCGUCUGUGGCAAAUGCAGGGUUUGUGUACAGGAGUGAUGGCUGUCCGGAGCCGUACGAGCGCCUGGAUGCCACGCGCUGUGUCCUGGCGGAUCCCUUCAAGCUGAGGAAGUUCAAAGAGGCCCUCGAAUUCUGCAGUGGUCACGACGGGAAUCUGGUAACUUACGACAACUGCCCCGACCAGCUUCUCAUAUGGGACUACAUACAUAGUGAAGAGACUCUAGCGUCCAAAUCAUACUGGAUGGGCGCGACAGACGAGGAAGAGGAAGGCACGUGGUUUUUCACACACGAGCAACGGGUUGUUCCGAUGGGUAACCCUUUCUGGAAGCACGGGGAGCCUUCUAUGAGCACCAACAACAACUGCGCCAUCCUCCAGGCUGCUGCCAACCACCGGUGGGUCGACAUCUCCUGCACCUCCUCCGCCAACGUCAUCUGCCUGAGGAACGGAUAAAGCUAACUACUGGACGUGUUAUGCCUCGAAAUGGAUGCUGAAGGAAGCCGCGCAUUCUGCAUUCAUUAAUUGUCAUGGUUUCUUAUUUUUUUUUCCUUAUGUUCGAGAAGUUAUGGCUAAAGACAGAGAGAAGUAGUGAAGAUGCCGGUCUUAAAAGAGAAUUAUUGUGGUACACUUCUCCAAAAUUAAUAUUGAUACAUUCCACACAAUUUUCAUUCCCCACUGUUCAUGUUUUCUGGUAUUCUUAUUAUGAAAAUGAACCGACAAAUUUCCAGACACUGAUUCCUUUGUUGGAUUGUAACUUUUGGUAUGGAGAAUAAAACUCGUAUCUGUAUUGAAUAUUA